AUGCCUGAGCGCCGCCUGUCGCAGCUGCUCAAGUCGAAGCUUCUGCGGCGAUCAUCGACCACGGCUACAACCUAUCCAAAACAGAACCAGAAACCCGUUAACUUUCAGAAAAAGGCGGCCGCCGGAGCGGAUCCGCCUGUCGACCCCAACUCAGCCUCCGACCUUUCCUGUUCCCUACCUCCUCAUCUCUUGACCCCUAACGAAGGAGAAGGGGAUGCCAAAUCCCGCGCCUACAGCAUAGUUUCCUCCAUACCCCUCGAUCAUCUCAGUACCCCCGGCGAGAUUCCUGGUCCUGCCACUGGUUCCUCAGCGGGCUGCGAUCAGUACUUCACCCACUUCGACCGAUCGGGCGCAAACUCACAUCAAGAAGGCUCACAGAACAGUUCGAUUCAGCAGUCUCCGACAUUCGUGAGGAGCCUUCGGCACAAGCAGCCGACCGAGGGAAAAGACAAAGGGGAGUCACAAUCGCCAGAGGGAGGUCAAGAAGGCGAGUACGGCUACGAACGUAUCCGGAACGACUCCGAUCCUCAGUACAGCUUGACCGCAGAGCUUGCCAAUAAGCCCUCUCCACCACAGACUCCCGUUGGCGACGACUCGCUACAUUCAGCGUCGGCGACCCCUCCUCCACUUUCGGCUUCGCUGCCACGGCCCGCUGGCGCAAGCUCGCGUCAAGCAGCUUACGGACCAGUCCGAGAAAGUUCCGGCGUGCCACCACUCGAAUCUCAAUUGACUCCGUCCUUGGGUGCUGUCGCCGAGGACUCUUCUGAAGAAUCUGUCUCCCAUUUCGUCGGUCCUCCGUCGUCGUCCCCGUUUCCGAAGCGCCCCACCAUUGGGGUCCGCCGUCAGUCGCUUCUUCCAGCUUCACAUCAACACUUGAUCAGUGGUCUUUUGGGGUUUGGGCCUUCCCAGAACCUAGGCCAGAGCAGCGGUCACCCUGCCACAGUCAACGCUGACAUGAUUCCUCGAAAAAUCUGGGUCAAACGGCCAGGGGGCUCGGCCACCCUGGUACCGACCAUGGAAGAUUCGCUUGUCGACGAGCUGCGCGAUCAAGUUAUCAUGAAGUACGCCAACUCUUUGGGGAAAACAUUUGAUUCGCCUGAUAUCAUGAUCCGCAUUUCUCCUCGAGAAGGCUCCAACCGACAGUCUACGCCCGAGCGGAUACUGAGUCCGGAGGAACCGUUAGGUGUGAUCAUUGACACUUACUUUCCUGGGGGUCAGACGGUGGACGAAGCGUUGGUCAUAGAUAUCCCUCAACGGCGAACGCCGAAGCCGUCCCCCCGCCACCCUGUAUAUUAUCACCAUUCGGAACCGGGCGAGCAUGGCGAGUACUUUCCGCUCAUGCCUGCGAACCCAAAUGUCCCGACGCCCCCCGCUCAUCCGUCGGCCUCAUCUACGAGCGUGAACGCCCAUACGGCACCCUCAAUCUCUAUUCUCACCACUGGUAUGGCGCCUCCGCUACCCUCACCAGGCAAUAGAGCAACCCGACAUUCCCGCCGGCCGCCGCUCACUCGACAUACUACCAACUCACCCACAAUGCUUGGUACAGCGCCAAAUGCAAAAGACUCGAGUAUGGCCUCAGGUCCUCAACCUCCCGCAGCAGCGCCCCAGGUCCCUACACCGCCUGGUCCUCCUCCCGAAUCGCCUCAGACCAAAACGCACACGCCGCCAGCGCGUGUUGCCUCACCGCGCCCACGUCCCACAAAACCGAAGAAGGCCGGCAACGGCCAAUCGCCAAACGCUGCCUUUGGCGGCCUUAUUGAAGGCACGGUUCCUCCCAUCAACGUCCUCAUUGUCGAAGACAAUAUCAUCAACCAGAAGCUCCUGGAAGCUUUCAUGAAGCGGCUCAGCGUCCGUUGGAAGUGCGCUGCAAACGGUGAGGAGGCGGUGAGGAAAUGGCGCCAGGGUGGGUUUCACUUGGUCCUGAUGGAUAUCCAACUCCCCGUCAUGAACGGGUUAGAUGCGACCAAGGAGAUUCGGAGACUCGAGCGCCUGAACGGGGUCGGUGUCUUCACCAAGACUGCCUCGGGACGAUCGAGUGCCAGCUCUGUGUCGGCGGAAGUGAAUCAAUCAUCAUCUGAGGUUUCGCUGUCCGAGGAGGAUACUCUUCAUGACUUGUCUCUGUUCAAGAGUCCGGUUAUCAUUGUCGCUCUGACCGCCAGUAGUUUGCAGAGCGAUCGGCAUGAGGCUCUGGCUGCCGGCUGCAAUGACUUUUUGACCAAGCCCGUUGGAUUUCCUUGGUUGGAACAGAAGGUGACUGAAUGGGGCUGCAUGCAAGCUCUGAUUGACUUUGAAGGCUGGCGGAAAUGGCGAGGAUUUGCCGACGAAGCCCCAUCAUCUUCUCCCACCGAUGGAGGUCUCACCAGCCCUCUGCAGACGGGCGCUAAUGGUGUGUCCAGCAGAACCUCGACCUCCUCGUCAUCUGGAGCAGUCAACGCGACGGCCCGGGAGCUUGACGCAGGUCCUGGUGCGGGCAAACGCAAGUCCACCGUUCCCGAAUUGACCAAGCCCGUGGAUAUCCUUCCUGGGGAACCUCCCGGAAGUGGUAGUGGCGAGGGCAACGAGACUCUGGAUUCACCGGCCAGUCCACUUACCUCCGUGCACGUCGGUGACCCAACUGAACCUUCUAACGAUGAGGAGCACCAAGCUCUGGGUGCUACGUAG